AUGUCAAAGAAGAACGUGGUGAGUAAGAAGACCAAGGGUCGACAGAAGAUUGAGAUAAAAAGGAUGAGCAACGAGCAUAACCUUCGGGUGACAUUCUCCAAGCGUCGAACUGGGAUUUUCAAGAAGGCCAGUGAGCUUGCCACCCUCUGUGGAGUGGACAUCGCUGUCAUCAUGUUUUCUCCAAGUAACCAGGUCUUCUCCUUCGGCAGCCCCAAUGUGGAUCCUGUCAUCCAACGCUACACGGCGCAGGGCCCUCCUCCCCUCCUCACUCUCGACCUCAACGAGGCUCACACCACCGUCGAUGAGGGUGAGCUCCAUGCGCAACUCAACAACCUCUCUGACCAGAUGGCGGCGGAGAAGAAGCACGCGGAGUGUCUCAAACGUUUGAUGAAGGACGUCGAGGACCACUCUUGGUGGGCCAUGCCCCUGGAAACCAUGACUGAUGCUCAACUCGAGAAGUACAAGAAGAUGUUGGAGGAUCUCAAAGCCCGUGUCAAUGAAAAACGUGAGAAACUCCUGCUUGAGAGCACCUUUACUUAUAACUCACAAGCUCAGCUUUUUACAGGCGCAAACUCCUUCUCCAGUGUUAAUAACACUGACACCAUGCAUCCGCCAUUGUCCUUGUAG